CUAGGGAUUCCGCACGAAGACUCUCCGGCAUGAGGGAGUAACCGGCAGGCUCAGCAGGGCCACAGUAGGAGCAACCAGGGCGCGCCAAGCAUGUCGUCCGUCACACAACCCCCUCGUCUCCCCCUGUCCCCUCCCGCUGCCGCCAGUGAUGUUUAAAUGGGCCAAGUUGGGAGAAGCGGCGGAGAAGGCAAAUGUUGUUCGGUCAGAGAGUGUGUGAAGUCCAGUGUGUGACAUGUAGUAUAGAGGGAUCCCCCGGCAGCCCCUAAGCACCAGGGACAUGUGCUAGUGAGACUGGGGAGGCAGCAGAUCCCUCACCCCAGGGACAGCAGCUCCCUCACAUGUAAUCAUCAUCAUCAUUAUUAUUAUUAUCCUCCUCAUUAAUAGGCAGACUGGCGGCAGCAGGUGGAUGAGGGGACUCACAGUAGCCACUAGCCGAAACGGCUUCAUUUGGCCACAGGGUCAGCCAAGGGGCAGUGGCAAGGCGAGAGGGGGAGGGGACAUUGCGUGCCAAGGCCAGAGGAGCUUAAAGGGGCAUAAGGGCACAGGGAGGUGAGUAGGGGCCACUGGGCCCCACGUUGCACUUUUCAUCAUUGGGGGGGCGAGGUUGGUUGAUCGGGGGAUCAAUAAGAAUUUCCAGAAGCAAAUACACACACACACGAUGAAGUCUCCGGCGGCUCAGCCCUCUCCAGCAUGUCAAGUGUCAGGCACAUGAGCAGCAGCUCAGGAGUUGCACUGAAGCCCGACACUCGCUGCUAGCAAAAGUCGCCGCUACCUACAAAGCACAAAGUCGCACUUACAGCAGAAGGUGCCAUUGCCGCGGACUAGGGGGCAACGCGGGGACACCAUGCCGGCUAUCAAGAAAGAGAGACCGGACCGAGAGGAGCUAGCCCUCGCAGCCUUCAACCAGCCCAUGGACUCCAUCCCGGGUUACCUCGCAGCCGCUAUCCCGGUAGUGACUCCGCACCCGCCAGUUUACGAGCACCUCUUCUCCCCCCACCGAGCCUACCUGGGCUUGCCCGAGCCCCACCACCACCCCCCGCUGCCCGAUGACAUGAUGCUCGAGAGGUUCUCCUCCAUCCCGGACUUCCAGCCGCUCUUUGAUCAGGGGGAGCCCUGCAUUGAGGUGGAGUGUGGGGAGAACAAGGCUCUGCUCUACAUCCAGAAGUUGUGCCAAGGGAGCAAAGGGCCCUCCAUCCGAUACCGAGGAGAGUGGCUCACCCCUAACGAGUUCCAGUUUGUCAGCGGCCGGGAGACGGCGAAGGACUGGAAGCGGAGCAUCAGACACAAAGGGAAAAGUUUGAAGACUCUUAUGUCCAAAGGAAUCUUGCAGGUACAUCCUCCAAUCUGUGAUUGCCCUGGUUGUCGAAUUUCGUCUCCAGUGAACCGGGGUCGUCUAGCUGAGAAAAGGACCAUUCCUCUGCCACCGGGCAGGAUACCCAAAAAGGAGCCUUGCUCAGUGUUCUCCAUAGGAGAGGAUAGUCCCAAGGGGAAUGGAGAACACCCGUCUGUGAAACUGGAAGAGGAUCUGCAUAUCAGUAUCAUGAAAAGAAGGAUACGGGCGCACUGGGACUUAAACAUCUCCUUUCAAGACAACUCUUGCAGCCGUGAAAGUGAUCUUUCCAGCAUCAUCACAAGCCUUCAUCAGAACCACCAGCUUGUAAUGCCAGAAAACCAGAGCAAAAGAAACAGUAACCAGCUCAACUUCCCAUCUACAGAUGACUUUUUAGGCAAGAAGAGAGAAUGCUCCCCCAACAGUAACAGCGAGUGCCCUCUGGAAAGCAAGAAAGCCAGAAGCGAGUCUCCGAAGGAAACCUCCCAGACUCCUCUGCUGGAGGAACGGUUGGCGCAAAUGACACCCGAAGAGCAUUACAGACGCAUGAUGUCAGCACUUAACGAGCAUGGCAGCUUUGAAGAGCAGCAGCAACGCCUUUACCAGCUGGCAAACACAAUGGCAGUGCCAACUCACAGUGAUCUGCUCCGGGCUCGUCAAGAAGUUGCAGCAGCUGUGGUGAGAAAUCCAGCAGCUAUGGAAGCUCAUAUUCCAUCUUCCAGUAACUCUUCGAGUCAGCGGCGGAAGCAGGGCCUGCCACAGCAUCGGGACACCUCCCACUUCUCAGACAGAGAGAUGUCACACCCACCUCCCCUGCUGUCACCACAGAAUGCCCCCCACAUUGCGUUGGGUCCGCACUUACGACCCCCUUUCCUUGGUGUCCCCUCAGCUUUGUGCCAGAAUCCAGGUUAUGGGUUCCUUCAACCAGCACAAGCUGAAAUGUUUGCACGGCAGCAGGAGAUGUUAAGAAAACAAAAUCUGGCCAGACUUGAGAUGUCUGCAGAAAUCAUCCGUCAGAAGGAACUGGAGAAUCUACACCGCCAGAGGCUUUUGGCUGGAGAUCCUUUGACACUUCAUCCUGGGUUACCACCUGAUCACCCUGCUCUGAGGAAUGUGCAUGAACUCCCUGAGGGUCACCCGCUGAGAGAGGAGUUAUCCCGUAGGAAUGCAAUGUUGGUCCUCCGACACAACAAUACACCGCUCUUAUCCCUUAACCAUCAAGGUGUCUCCAGUGUGCCACCACCCAAAGAAUCUGGGAGUGGCAGGAGAUCAAGUCGUAAAUCAGUACAUCACCGAAACGAACCACAAGCAAAUCAGGGAGAAGCCAAGGAGCUCUUGGACCAGCACAGUCGGGAUGGGGCCUCUGAGGGAAUUGAUGAGGAGAUGAAGGAUUCAGAGAGUGAAGCAGAAGAAAAAGCAGAUAGCCUCAGAACCGAUCGAGGUGCCUCCUCAUCUUCUCAUGAACUACAGGAAAGUAAAGACACUCUCAAAGUAUCAGAGUCCAUAAAGGAGUCAAAUGAUGCCCACACUCACCAAAGCUUGCCCUUUGGUCCAUCAGAAUCCCCCACCCACCUUUUGGGACCAGGAAUUAACAAGAGUGAAAGCAAGUAUUUGCCACCAAGCACAGUGCCACCACCUCAGUCACUCCCUUUUGGAUUUCCGUAUGUUGUCAAUCCUUAUUUUCACACAGGUGCCAUGGGGGGGCUCUUCCUGGAUGGGGAAGAAAGUGUUGUGCUGGAGGACCUCAACAAAUGGACAGUAGAGGAUGUGUGCAGCUUUGUGGGCAGCCUGUCUGGCUGUGCUGAAUACACACAGGUUUUCCGGGAGCACUGUAUAGAUGGAGAAACGCUUCCUCUGCUGACUGAAGAACACUUACUAAACAACAUGGGACUGAAACUGGGCCCUGCAUUAAAGAUCCGAGCACAGGUCGCCAAGAGAAUUGGACGAGUCCUAUACAUGGCCAGCUUUCCAGUGGCCUUUCCAUUGCAGCACCCGGGUUUGCGACCAGCAGAAAGAGACCUUGGGGCAGGCGAGAUCCGACCACCCUCUACUGGAAGUGCUGGUUCCCCAUAUGGCAGCACCCUUCUGCCCCCAAGCCGUAUCUCACCGAAGCAUGAGAAUGGAGGCACUACUUACAUAAAUGAACCUGCUAAAUCCCUCUCCUAACUCUGGAUAUAAAAUGACCAGGUUGUUAAAGCUCUGUUUUGCUGGAGCUUGGAGCACAAAGGGGAUUUGCUUUAGGGUACCAGGGGGUCCCUUAUGCUGCUUGAAACACUGAGAUGUAACUCUUCUAGAGGACAGAUAACUUGCUAUCGGUCUUGGCAAGCCCAAACGUCCCUAAAGACUUAGUGGGGGGAAGAGACAAAUAGAUAAAUAUAUGUAUGUAUGUAUGUAUAUAUAUUUUUAUUUCAAUGUAUAGCUUUGUAAAGAGAUUAAAGCUAAAUUAGAGGGGCUGGUGGGAAAAAAAUGUAAAAUGAUAGCUAUACCUGGAUAAAUGGCAAAUGGGGCAAGGCAGAGUUAACCAAAGGUGUAACAAUAAGAUCUCACCAUACGGACCUGUGAGUACAUUGCAGUUACAGUGUGGGAUAAUAUUCUCCUGUCCAUGUGUGGGUAGGGCAUGUAAAGCUUUGCUAUGAUUUCUGGUGACUUCUUGUUACAGCCUGAAACCUAAUAAUAAUCAGCCAUAAGAACAGAUAUUCUGUCAAGACAUCCCAUCCCCGAGCUGUUGGUUAGAUGUCUGUAUAUUAUGGUAAGGGGAUAAAGAACCAAAGCAGGAUCCCAUGAAGCCUAUCUGGUGUCAGCAGAAGAUAUCAGAGAGAAUAAUAGGGUGGCCUUUUUCUCUGUAAAGGAGUGACAUUCAGUUGUCCCUUUAGUCUGUUUCCCAUCUAUGCAUCUCCAGCAACUUUCUAUUGUACCAAAGAAAAUAACACGCUGCCUUGUCCCCUUGGCAGCUGCUACAGUGGUGAAUUGGUCUCUCUUUGGUUGGUGCUGCUUAAAGGGAUUUUAUUUCCUGUCAAUGUUUAUGCCCCGCCCAGUGUUAGAUAACGAUUGGAUUCUUUAAUGGACCUUCCAAUGCCAUCUUGCUUCUGCCUUUGCUUUGCCUAGUUAUACUUAUACAGAGGA